UUUCAGGUAUUUGUUGUUCCUUAAAUUUAGUAGAUUCAAAUGGUUUUUCAGCUUAUAACAAACUCAGUACACCAAAUGGAAACGAAUGGCUGUUUGAAUUCAACGGUUUUAAUUUAAACUCCUUCCAUUUCAAAAGAAACCACAGAAUUUGUAUAUAUACAAAGGAAAGCAACUCAGUUUAAAAGACAAAGGCUCUAGGAAGACGAAAGACAACUGUAAAUGGUAUAAGUACUACAUAAAUAAUUGGUUUCUAUAUAGUGAAGAAGUCAGCGGAAGCGGAAACUGAGCGCUACAGGAAGAUAUAAAGAGAUCUACCUAAUACAUAAAUAAUUCUAAGCUUACUUAUACAUAUGUACGUAGGCACAUAAAUCACAAGGCACGUAAUAAAUUCAUCGUCCUACACUGCUAUAUACAUUUAGAAGAGUGUAUUAGCCUUUAGUUAAGUGUAAGCGGCAAGCAAGUACUUUCACAGUAUAUAUGUAUAUACAAAUGCCCAGACACAGCAGCUGCUCCUUUAUCUCCAUGCAGUUGAAGCAGUGACUUUAACACUAGCCGCACUGACCAAUGCUAAUGAAUCAGCGACAACAACAACUACAAAAUCUGCAGAAUAAAACCCACAACUCGUUGUAUCUUUAACAACGAAUAACUAAACAAAAGCCCAACAACAAUGCAUGUAAUCGCCAAGGCACAACAAUUCGCACAGACAUUAGCCGUAGUUGGCUUCACCAGCGUCACUGCAGUCGCUACUCAUGCGGCGGCACACAGUCCAAGGACGGAUAACUUACUAGCGGCAGCCGCAGCAGAAACAACUCGUUCGAGUUUAACGCUAGCUGCCAGAAUGUUGGCCGGCGCACCGACAUCCGCCUCCGACAUUGCCGACACGGCGAUAACGGAUGUGGCGGCGUUGGACACUUCGGGCAGCAGUGAGUCAAUGGAGGGUGGUGAGGGUGCUGUUGAAGCGGAGCCGGAUAAGUUGGAUGUGUUGCGCGAUGAAUGUUAUAAACGCUUGAAUGAAACCGCGACACAAUUUACAGCAGGUGAAUCUUACUGCGCUGGCACCUUUGACGGUUGGCUCUGUUGGCCGGAUACAGCUGCCGGCACUUCCGCCUACGAACGCUGUCCGGAAUUCAUAACUGGCUUCGAUCCGACAAGAUAUGCACAUAAGGAAUGCGGAAGCGAUGGUGAGUGGUACAAACAUCCGCUCACGAAUAAGACUUGGUCCAAUUACACGACCUGCAUUAAUUUCGAUGAUUUAGAGUGGAAGCACAGCAUUAACCUCUUUUAUAAGACUGGCUAUGGCAUAUCUCUGAUAGCGAUACUUCUAUCUCUCGCUAUUUACACUUAUUUCAAAUCGUUGAAAUGUGCACGGAUAACACUCCACAUGAAUUUAUUCACAUCCUUUGCGGCGAACAAUUCACUCUGGCUGAUUUGGUACUUCGUUGUGAUACCCGACACGGACCUGGUGAAAAGUAGUCCGCCUCCAUGCAUUGCUCUCCACAUAAUACUCCAUUACUUCCUGCUAACCAACUAUUCGUGGAUGCUGUGCGAGGGCUUCUACUUGCACACGGUGCUGGUGUCCGCCUUCAUAUCUGAGAAGAAAUUGGUGAAAUGGCUUAUUGCACUCGGUUGGGGUACACCGGCAAUUGUUAUAUUCUUCUAUGCGAUGGCACGUGGCCUCGGCGGUUCACGCGAUGAAAUUAAACACUGUUGGAUGCAUUCCACGGUCUUCGAGAAUAUUUACGUGGUGCCCGUUUGUAUUUCCAUUUUUCUUAAUUUGCUCUUUCUAUGCAAUAUUGUACGCGUUGUGCUGCUAAAGCUGAAGGCUCCGGCGGGCGUACAAGGCAGCUGUGGACCCUCGCGCACCGUCCUGCAAGCAUUCCGCGCCACACUCUUGCUUGUACCACUAUUGGGAUUGCAGUAUAUUCUAACGCCAUUCAACCCCGGUCCAGGGCAUCCAUGGGAGCAGGCAUACGAAGUAAUCUCAGCGUUUACGGCCUCAUUUCAGGGUCUCUUUGUUGCCACACUCUUCUGCUUCUUCAAUGGCGAGGUUAUUGCGCAAGUGAAGCGCCGCUGGCGUACAACAUGGUUCAGCAACAGAGCGCGUGCAAAUUCCUACACAGCAACUCAGGUCUCGUUCGUACGAUGUGGCCCGCCCUUGCCCGGCGAAGAGAAGGUAUGACUAAAGAGCUUGUCGUCGACAAAAACGCGUCGCGCCUCCAGCGCCGUCACCGGACGCGCCAGCGACACACCAUCCGCCGGCAGCAGUAAGAACGCCGCCCGUCUGCGCAGCAACAGCAGCGCACCCGUCGCCUCCCAAAAGCUUCAUGCGAACAGCACCACAGCGACAGCGGCAGCGCCCGGUCUGAUGGGCGGUCUGCGCAAGCUGCAAUUUCUGCGACGAAAAACCGUCGAUCAACUGCGCAUACGCCAGCCACUGAUGGAGGAGGGUGGCUGCGGCACUGCAGAUGGUGGUGCGGAGGCGUGUAGCUGGAAUAGUCAUAGAAAAAAUGCCAGCGAAAGUGUGACGGCAUUGGCUGAAAACUCGGCGACGAUGGCGUUAACAACUACAACAACAACAUCAGCGACAGCAAACAACAAUGCACUGUCAGCAGCAGCGACAACGACAACGAGUAAUUACUACAACAAUAAUAGCAACAAUCGCAAUAGCAGUAGCGGCAGUUAUAGCAUCGACGGCAGCAGCAGCGCUGACGGCAGCAAUCGUGCCGGCGGCAUUCUACUUGUGACCACCACAGCGGUGCACACGAAUCCCAACACUUGCACCUACAACAAUAAUUUGCAUUUGGAUGGCAACAAAAUCGCCGAUGAGGCAUUGUAAGCGAAUUCAAAUGCAGCCGAAUACGAUUCACCGUUGUGUUGCACACGGUGUUGUGUGCUGAGGCGACAUGAUUUGUGUGGCAUGCAGCAAGUGACUUGUUGUGGUUGAAGGCGGUUUCUCCAUUAUGUAUAUGUAUGUAUGUAUAUGGUUUUUGUAGUGUCAGCGUAGUUAUAAGUAAUUGUAGUUAACAUGUGAUUAACGGUACUACAUAUAGUUGAUAUGUUUAUUGCCAAUUUGCACUGUGUGUCUGUGUGUGUGUACGUCGACACUGUCGUUUAGGUUGUAAACUCAAACUAUGUUAACAACUUUGCAUAUUCGUUUAGUUAAGUGUGAAUUAUGCAUAACUUUACACUUCAUUGAAAUAAAUUGAAAGUCUAACUAGUAACAGAAUAGUAAAUUAACAUUGGCCUUUUCAAGCUUUAGUACAAAUAUAAUUUCCUUAAAUAUUUAGCGUUUGAAGUGUAAUAAGUUACUUUGUUAAUUCUGUAUACUAUGCUUACUCAUGAAACAUUGUGCAAUAUUAUUGAGUAGAUUACUAAUUUUAUUGAUUUCUAAAUAAGUUAAAUCCAACUAAUGAUAUAUAUAUAUAUAUAUAUAUAUAUAUAUAUAUCAGAUUAUGUGGGUACAACAAAAAUGAAUAAUGUGAUGAAUCGAUAGCAUAAUAUCUGACUGUCCGUCUUCCUUUCCGUCUAUUUUUCCGUCGGUCCGUCUGGCAUCUGUAAAAUAGUGAGAGUGGUUCAUCUAAAAACAAUAAACCAAAAAUAUUUCGAUAGUAGAUGGGUAAAUCGAGUUAAUCAACGAAGGAAAAAAUAUUGAUAUUUUUAUACUCUCGCAACAAAGUUGCUAAGAGAGUAUUAUAGUUUUGUUCACAUAACGGUUGGUCCUAACGAAUUAGAUAUAGUGUUAUAUAUAUAUAUCAAAAUGCUCAGAGUGACUAGAUAUCUAGAUGCAACUUGGAACACAUAUUCCUUGGCACCGUGUUGCUUUCGAAGAUGAGCAAAAUCGGUUCACUGUUACGCCCAUAAAAUGGUCGAAAAUCAAAAUUAUAUAAAAUGCUAUAACUAAUUAAAGUUAUUAAAGUUAAAUUUGGCACAAAGGAUCGCACUAUAAAGGGGUCCAAAAAUGGAGGAAAUUGAAUUAUAACCACGCCCACCUCCCAUACAAAGGUUAUGUUGAAAACUACUAGAAAUGCUUUAAUGAUUCCUUACUAGAGGAAAACCACAAGAAAUCUUAAAUUUCAUUAUAAAGAUGGUAAGGAAGAGCUUCACUCAAAAUGGUACUCGACCAAUUUGGUUCGUAAUAUCUGCCUGGCUUCACAAUGAUGAAAAUAGUUCAAUAUAAAAAAAAAAUAUAAAGUUAGCACUAGUGAAGAUAUCGGAGCAGAAAUGUGCAUAAGUACUGUAUUAAAAGAGUGGUCUCGCAGAUAAUCUCAGAUAUUUUGAAGAAAUUCAGAGGGAAUAUGUUUCUUCUAAUAAUAUGUCUCCGUGCCAAAAAUGAGUGAAAUCGGGUAAUAACUUCCCCUAGUUCCCAUAUACCUAAUAUUCUUCUUCUUGACAGGCGUAGACACCGCUUACGUGGUUAUAGCCGAGACAACAACAGCGCGCCACGCAUCUCUCCUUUUGGCAGUUUGGGGCCAAUUGGUAAUACCAAGUGAAGACAGGUCCUUCUCCACCUGGUCCUUCCAUCGGAGUGGAUGUCUCCCUCUUCCUCGGCUUCCACCAGCGGGUACUGCAUCGAAAACUUUCAGAGCUGGGGCACUUUCGUCCAUUCGAACAACAUUACCUAGCCAGCGUAGCCGCUGUCUUUUUAUUCGCUGGACUAUGUCUAUGUCGUCGAAUAACACAUACAGCUCAUCAUUCCAUCUUCUGCGGUAUUCGCCGUUGUCAAUGUUUAAGGGACCAUAAAUCUUCCGCAAAAUCUUUCUCUCGAAAACUCCUAGUGCCGUCUCAUCGGAUGUUGACACCGUCCACGCUUCUGCACCAUAAAGUAGGAUGGGAAUGAUGAGGGACUUGUAGAGUUUAGUUUUUGUUCGUGGAGCCGAACUUAGCCUUUCCUUAAAGCCUUAAAAAAGCGCACUUUUUUAGUAAAAUUUACGCCAUAUAUUUCUCUCAAGAAAAAUAGUUGUAACAAACAUAAAAAAAAAUCCUUCGUUCAUUAGUUAGAUAAUGUUAUUCCAAAGAAGUUUGAAAAAUUUGAACAAAAAAGUUUCAUAACUUUUCGAGAAAUCAUGUCCACCGACUUGAAAAAUUGAGUUUUGAGAUAAACGCGUUACAAGUUUUACAUUCAUACUGACAUGGCCUAAUGGGCGCAACAUCCAAUAUCACUCGGAUUUAUUCGAUAUUUUUUGAUAAUAUUUUAAACAUAUUUUGCUAUUUAAUAAGACAAAAACAAAUUUUCAAAUUUUGAACCCCACCUAACCCCCAUAUCGUACCUCUCAUUAACUUAAGAUUGUAUUCCUUGGACAAAAAGUUAUAGAAUUAUGUUUUCAUAGUCCCCAAUAUUCCUCCUUUUUGUUUUGGUACAAAAAAAUUAAAGACCGAGGUUCAAGUCUUUCGAACUUACAA